AUGCCAGCAUCCCAUACAUUUCCAGCCUAUACAUACGAAUGCCCAUUAGAAUUCUAUUGGGAAGUUUAUAAUAAAAGAUUUCCAAAUCAUCCGUUAUUUCCAUUCAUCAUAGAUUCUGAAAUUGUUGAACAAAUUACAGAAGAAAAUGGCAAUGAAAAAAGAAUUAGAAAAACAAAAUUAGAAGUUGAUGCACCAGGUUGGUUUAAAACUCUUUUUGAUAUUAAACAUUCAGUAUUUAUUGAAGAAUCAUAUCAUGAUAAAGCUAAUAGAAAAAUUACUAUUAAAACAACUAAUGAAACAUUAAGUAGCAAAGCAAAGAUGAUUGAUAUUACAGUUUAUGAAGUUCAUCCAGAGAACCCAAAUUGGUGUCAAUUCACUCAAACUGGUACUGUUGAACUAUUGGUAUCAGUAUUAGGUUUCCAAAAGAAAAUUGAAAAAUAUGUUUUAGAUUUAUAUAAGAGUAGAUAUGAUGAAUCACGUGAGUUAGAUAAAAAAAUGAUUGAAUUAUAUAGAGAAGAAAUUCUUAAAGAGCAAGAAGUAAAGAAACAACAACAAGAACAAACCACAACAACAACCACAACUGAAACUGCAAUUUCAACAACAACUUCAAUUAAUAUUGAAAAUAAUGCAAAUAGCUCAAGUUCAGCAGUAGUAUCAACACAAACUGCUACAACUUUAACAACAACUAUUAAUAUUGAAAAUAAAGAUAGUAAUAAUACUGCAGCUGCUUCUUCAAAUACAUUAGUAUCUUCAACCGAAGAAACUGAAUCAAGUAGACAAGAAGAAAUUAAAGUUUAA